AUGGCAUUGCGAAAGAAGGAGUUGCAUGACGAGAACACAAAUCGGCGAUUUCCUGAUACGUCCAACACACGCUAUCAGGCAUAUUCGUAUGGUGCCUGUGAACUUGUUGUCUACCAUCACCUGUACGUCGAGCUAAUGGAAGAGAUCUGCGACAGCAAGGCCAAGCCAGGAGUCAACCAUCUCGAGAGUAAUGUCGCAAAGGGAUUGCAGGAUGCCUCGACUCUUGCUGAGCUUGCAGCCAUGGCACUAUAUGGUGUCUCCGUGUUGUGGCCUUAUCUUAGCCAAGCCCGAGGUGAUGGCUCGAAGAUUGUGAACCUUCUUGACCUCACGGAACUACACCGCAAACUCCCCACCUUCUGCAAUCAUAUUGCACUCCACCCUACUCUUCUUCUUGACUCUAAUGCUCCACUGGAUGAGGUUACACUUAAUGGCAAACCAUUCAUGGACAAGAUGCUACUCGCUGCUGUGUGCAUGCUUGCCCCUGAUCUCCCUGGGCUCACGUGCAUGAUCAGUGCUAUGUUCUCUGGUGCAGCAAAGGGAUGGGUACAGUUCACCACAGAAUUCACUGUCGGUGGACCAUUUGACUCUCUGACAUCUGCAGAACGUGCACUAGUCUUCAUCCCAUCCACCAAUAAUGCAAACGAGGGUGCCCUCGGCUCAUGGCGUGUCCAUGCUCGAUCACGUCCUAGCAGCACAGCCUCCACAUUCUCUAGUCAGGCACGCAGUGAGCAUAACAACACCGAAGAGUUCAUUGUGAAGUGCUGCAAUGAGGAUGACCAAGGGUAUGUGAUGCGAACUGUACGAACAGCUGACGCUAGCGGUGAGAAUGCACAGUUUCGAGAAGAACUGAUGGAGAAUCAGUGGGAGCAUGCAGUCCAGUAUCGCAAGAAGCAGGAGGAAGAUCAACGAAAGAAGGAUCGAGAGAAGGAGAGGUUGCGAAGCAUUGGACUCAUUACUGACUGA